AUGAUAAAAGCUUGGAAAGAAGCUAAAGCAAAGUCCACAUUUAAUAGAAUAGUUACAUUAUAUUAUAAUAUUUUUACCUCCGGGAAGACAAGACUGUACGAGGCAUUGGCAAGCCGCAGCGAUGACCACGGUACCUCAGGACUCUGACGUGCACAUCACAUAUGAGGACCAACAGAAGAUCAACAGGUUUGCCCGCUGCAAUGCCCGUCAUGGAGACAUCAAGGAGGAACUCAAGAUCAAGGAGAAUGACCUGCAAAACCUGCAAGAUGCCGAGGAUGAGAUGAUGAUUGCCCUUGACUCUGAUGAGAAGGUGCCAUUCAUGGUGGGAGAGGUGUUCAUCAUGAAAUCUCAGGAGGAAUCCCAGGAGGCCAUCGGGGCCCAGCGGGAGACCUUGCAGGAGGAGAUCAGUGCCCUGAACGGUCGGAGUUCAGAGCUGCAGGACACUAUGACACAGCUUAAGGGAGACCUCUAUGCUAAAUUUGGCAAUAACAUUAACUUGGAACCUGAAGAGGAGUAAAGAACCACGAAUGCUGUUAGUGUGUUGAAUCCUCUGGACUUUCAAAAAACAUUCAUAAUGCUAUUUACUUUAAUAUUUAAUCUUAUUUUAUAUUAAAUGGUGUACAUUUUCUUUUGUGUGCAGUGAAAAGCUCCUAAUUACAUCACUUGACUCGCUGAUUAAUCCAAUUCUACUAGCACUUUGUUAAAAUAUGAUCAUUAUGUCAAAGGCUAUUUAGUAACUAAUACCAAGUCUACUGUUAGUUUGUUAGUGGACUAGUCAAUACUCACCAUGUCAAAUUAUUUCGGAAAAAAAAAAGAAACAAGGGUAAUGUAUUAUCUUUAAUAUAAUACAAUCAUAAACAGAUUUCCAUAAUCCUACACAAAUAAAAGCUGACAAGGCAUCCUU